AUGCGCAACUAUUUUUUCGGUUUGUUGGCUAUCCUGCUUUUCGCUGUUCUAAUUCCUAACCUCAAACGUGACGAGAACAAAUUUGAAAAUUCCGGCAAAAUGGGCAAAGAAAGUAAAAGUAGUGAAGACAAGUACUCGAUUUUACUACCAACAUACAACGAAGUGGAAAACUUGCCGAUUAUCGUAUGGCUGAUUGUAAAAUACAUGGAAAAGAGUGGAUAUAAUUACGAAGUAAUCAUAAUCGACGAUGGAAGCCCCGACGGGACGCAAGAUGCCGCCAAACAGCUCCAAAAAAUUUACGGCGAAAAUAAAAUCUUGCUAAAACCAAGAGAGAAAAAGCUGGGACUGGGGACUGCUUACAUCCACGGAAUGAAACACGCCAGUGGCAAUUUUAUUCUUAUUAUGGAUGCGGAUUUGAGCCAUCAUCCUAAGUUUAUCCCACAAUUUAUUGAAAAACAAAAAUCAAAGGAUUAUGAUGUAGUCUCGGGGACGCGUUAUGUGGGCUCUGGUGGUGUUUAUGGUUGGGAUUUUAGAAGAAAAUUGAUUUCAAGAGGAGCCAAUUUUCUAACACAACUUUUACUAAGACCUGGGGCCUCAGACUUGACUGGUUCUUUCAGAUUGUACAAAAAAGAUGUUUUAGAGAAGUUAAUCAAAAGUUGUGUUUCAAAAGGUUACGUUUUCCAGAUGGAAAUGAUUGUGAGGGCGCGCCAAUUUAAUUAUACCGUCGGGGAAGUCCCUAUUACUUUCGUUGAUAGGGUUUAUGGGGAGUCUAAGCUUGGGGGCUCAGAGAUAUUUCAAUUUGCUAAAGCUUUGCUCUAUUUGUUUGCCACCACAUAAUUUUAUAUUCUGCAUUCCAAUAAUUAUUUGAAAUAAUAAAUGAAACAUUUAUGUAUGUUAUUUUUUAAUAAAAGUGCUUCUAUGAAAUA